AUGCAGCACGAUGUGAGGGAUACCUCGCCGGUGGUGGAGCGCCCCCUGUACACGGCACGGGAAAUGCAUAGAAAACAGACCUGCAGCGUCAGUGGCAGCACGCUGCCUGCCUACGACCUCGACCCCACGACGCGGCAGCUGCUGGAGGAAAAUGAGGACAUGUUGUACCGCAUCAAUGUCUUGACGCGCGAGCUGGAGGCGGCGAAAGACGAGGUGCAAGUUCUGAAGACCACCGUUGCAGAGAAGAAUAAGGAGCUGGAUACAAUGCGGGAGAAGCUUGAGGGGGCCAACAUGACCGCCUGGGAUGCGUCUGGGCGCGUCAUCAACUACAAAGCCGAGUGCGAGCGUCUGAACGCAGAGAACAAAACUCUUACGGAGAAUUAUCAAAAAGUCUGCUCAGAGUUGGAGCAGCGAACGGAGGGCAUUCGCCAGGACAUGGAAAGACUGCGUGUCGACAGCGCGCGGAAGUCAAUGACACAGUCGGUAGAGCAGUUCUGCAGCGAGGUGUUGAGUGUAUUCUCGUCUGUUUACCUCAUUGUGACCACCCUGGAGCGCUGCGCCGUGGAUGUCGCAAACCGUGAGCGCGCGCUGGAGAACGUGCAGAAGGAGUUUUCCACGCUGCGGAGAUACACUGACUCUGUGCGGCGUAUACGAGUUGAUGAAAACGGCCGCGUCAACGAUGUUCUGUCGGCUGCCUGCAAAAAGGAGAGAAUCCAGUCACCUGGUGACGCGCUGAUCCUAAUCCGAUGGAUGGUUGCAGAGGGGCUUCUGUCCGGAAUGAGGGCCGUGGAGAAGAACUUGCAGUCCUUGGCGAGCCUGCUGGCAAGCGGCGGCAAAGCAACGGGGGGAAUCGAGGAAAACGUCGCUUCCUCUUUGGCAACGGGGACGGUUGGCCGUCUUUUUAAGCGCCCUCCGAAGUAG